AUGACCACCUCCACCCCACCAAAACCAAUCCUCAUCCUCGGCGCCGGCGAGCUCGGCGGCGCCAUCAUUUCCGCCCUCCUCUCCCACCCCGCCUACGACCCCACCACCACGCCGCUGACGCUGGUGCUGCGCCCCAGCACCCUCGCCUCCCCACCCCCCACCCGCGCCAGCGAGCUCGCGCACUACCGCGCCCACUCCAUCAGCCUCCUCGGCGCCGACAUCGACGCCACCUCCGGUUCCGACCUCAGCUCGCUCUUCGCCCCCUUCGACACUGUCAUCCACGCGGGCGGCAUGCUUGCGCCUCGCGGAACACAAGCCAAGGUUACGGACGCGGUGCUGGCCGCACGGGUCCGCCGCUACAUCCCCUGGCAGCACGGUGUCGACUACGACGUGAUCGGCCCGGAGGCCGGCAAGGGGCUGUUCGCGGAGCAGUGUGGGGUGCGGCGGCGGUUGCGGGCGCAGCGGGAUACGGCGUGGGUGAUUGUGAGUUGUGGGAUUUUCAUGAGUUUUCUGUUCGAGGGGGCUUGGGGGGUGGUUGUGCCGCUGGAGGGAGGACAGGGGAAAGACGAAGAGGUGAAGGUGAAGGUCACGGCGUUGGGCAGCUGGGAGGAUGGGAUCACGGCGACGACAGCGGAGGAUAUUGGGAAGACGUGUGCGAGGUUGCUGUUGGAUGAUGGGGAAGAAAAGGAGUGGGGGAAGCCGGUGUUCAUAGCAGGAGAGACGCUGACGUACUCUCAGCUGGCGGACGUUGUCGGUCAAGUCACAGGAAAAGAGGUGGUGAAGGAAUUGUGGGAUCGAGAGAGAUUCGCGAGGGAGCUCGAAGCGAAUCCGGAGGACAAGCUGUGGAAAUACCGCGCAGUAUUUGGAGGCGGGAGGGGAGUGAGCUGGCCGGCAUCUGAAACUUGGAGUCAACAGAGGGGAAUGAACAUGCAGGGGGUAGGUGAGUGGUUGAAGGGGAGGGCCUGA